AUGGAUUACGACCGAAUUCGACCAGUGCGGACCUUGACAGGAAUUCUGGAGUGGUGGCGUCUUUGGCCCAAAAAGGGGUCCAUUUCCAGGCCGGAUUGGACUAACUGGCGGGGAUAUCUGCUGCACAUUCCCUUCACCCUGCUCUUUAUGGUCCUUUUGUGGGUGGAGGCCAUGCUGAGCAGGGAUAUCGAACAUACAGCCGAUGUUCUAUUGAUCUGCUUGACCACAACCGCUUUGGGUGCUAAAAUGCUGAAUAAUUGGAAAUAUGCCCAUGUUGCUCAAGGGAUUUUGACCGAAUGGAGCACCUCGGAUCUUUUUGCGUUGAAAACCAAACAGGAAGCGGAUAUGUGGAGAUUCGAGCAUCGACGUUACAGACGCGUCUUCAUUUUCUACGGCUUGUGCAGUGCCGGUGUGAUUCCUUUUAUUGUGAUCCAACCUCUGUUUGAUAUUCCCAAUCGAUUGCCCUUUUGGAUGUGGACACCAUUCGAUUGGCAACAGCCGGCUAUCUUUUGGUAUCCAUUCAUUUAUCAGGCCAUUACCAUUCCGAUUGUCUGUAUCUGCAAUAUAACCAUGGACGGUGUUAAUUGGUAUAUGAUGUUGCAUCUAUCGCUCUGUUUGCGAAUGUUGGGCCAACGAUUGAGUAGCCUUCGCCAUGAUGAAAGGAAACUAAGGAAAAAGUUCCUGGAAUUGGUGCGUCUGCAUCACAGACUCAAGCGACAGGCCUUCGACAUCGAGAUCUUCAUUUCGAAGAGCACUUUCACCCAAAUUCUGGUCAGUUCCUUGAUAAUUUGCUUCACCAUUUACAGUAUGCAGAUGAGUCCCGUCAUGCAGGAUCUACCAGGAUUUGCUGCCAUGAUGCAGUAUCUGUUGGCCAUGAUCAUGCAAAUCAUGCUGCCCAGCAUUUAUGGUAAUGCCGUCACCGAUUCUGCAAAUAUGUUGACCGAUUGCAUGUAUAAUUCCGACUGGCCGGAUAUGAAUCCUCCAAUCCGCCGGCUCAUCUUAAUGUUUAUGGUGUAUUUAAAUCGUCCCAUGACCUUAAAAGCAGGUGGAUUUUUUCAUGUCGGCUUGCCUCUGUUUACCAAGACCAUGAAUCAAGCCUAUAGCCUGCUGGCCUUACUGCUCAACAUGAACCAAUAG